ACUUCCACCCUUAGUUAUAUGGACCAGCAGAAGGUCAACUGCGUGUCUUCCACCGCCCAAUUUAUCAUAUCAUGGUACGACGCAUCCUGCUCUUCCGCACGCAUAUCCCGAUAGUGCUAAUCACGUAUUGACCUCAGAAGCCUCCUUUGCAUAUGGUACACUUCAGCAUACCUCACUCAGCCCUUGGAAUACACAAACAUCUACCUCCAAUGUGCUUCAAGAUUAUCCUUGGGUGGAAUCUGCUGGAGAAAACUUCAGGCACCCUCGACCAGAGUUCGAAAGGAACAAAGAUACGCGCGCUAAUAAUGCUUCAAAAGCAGCUGUCGAUAACCCAUGCUCUAUUCCCAUGACAUCAGCAAUGGACAUUGGCCCAACAUCGCAAGGCAAUAGUGACCAAAUUGUUAACUAUCCCGUUCCGUUUUCAGGCCACUACAUGGGCCACGGGUAUGUGGAUUAUGACUCGGAAGAUGGCAAUUAUGCAAGUAAUCACUCCGAAGUGGACCUUCACAAUAUCAGACCUGUUGCAGUAUCUCCUCUAGCGGUUAGCACUUCUGAGGAUGCCAAACAUCAUGAUCGUCAAAUUCUCAACAAACAGUAUACGUCGGAGUCGUGUUCUGUGGAGAAUGGUCGACUUCGAGCUGACUUUCCUCAAGACCACACAUCACUCAGCAAGGAAACCCGGAUGUCACUUGAUCGCCAGCAUUACUAUCGUGAUCGUCCACAAUCACAUUCUGGAGAAGAGCUGCAUAAAUGUAAGUGUGGCGAUAAGUCAUUUUCUCCUCCAUCCGGUGUAACAGCUCAUGGACGACCACACCCAGAAGAGAAACCGUUUAAGUGUGAAGUGUGCGAUAAAACUUUCAAUAGCCGAUAUCUCCUCGUCUCUCAUCGAAGAAUUCACUCAGGAGAGAAACCCUUUACGUGCAAGUACUGCUCUAAAUCAUUCAGAGUGAAAUACCACCUCACUGUUCAUGAACGUAUCCAUAACGAGCAGAAGCCGUUUAAGUGUGAUCAUUGUGACCAAGGCUUUUCCGACACGUCCAACCUUAGAGUUCAUAAACGUACGCAUACUGGAGAGAAGCCAUUCAAGUGUAACUUAUGUGACAAGUCAUACAGACAAUUAGCGCAUCUCAAAAAUCACCAACGCAUGCACACUGGAGAGAGACCUUACAAGUGUACAGAAUGUGGCAAGGCAUUCUCGCGAAUAUCGAAUCUCACACAUCAUCAACGCAUCCAUACUGGAGCGAAACCAUUUUCGUGUAGGAAAUGUGGAAAGUAUUUCACCACGAAAUCCAGCCUAACACGUCAUGAACGAAUCCAUCCCUGAUAGAAACUGAUCAAGUACCUGCGAAGAAUCUUUCAUUGCGAAAAACCACUUGGAAGUCCAUACGAAUACCAGCGCAGUAAAAGACUUGUUUUCAUGAUAAUGGAAAAUGCUAUCAUUACAGGUCCGCUUUGAUUCGCAAAUAGUUCACUCAGGAAAAUAACCCUGACCGUGCUCAUUCAGUUGGAAAUCCAAUCUUACUGUUCAUGAGCGAAGGCAUUCCGGGGAAAAGCCGUUUAAGUGUGAUCAUUGUGACCAAGGUUUU